AUGGCCAAUGACCUGGAGCAGGCAAUAGCUUGCAUCGUGAGCAUCUUCCAGAAAUAUGCACACCGCUGUGAUGACAAUCACACGCUCUGCCAGGCGGAGCUCAAAGAGCUGCUGCAGAAGGAGCUGCCCACCUGGACUCCGACCGAGUUUCGGGAGUGUGACUACAAUAAAUUCAUGAGUGUUCUGGACACCAACAAGGACCAGGAGGUGGACUUUGUGGAGUACGUGCGCUCGCUUGCCUGCCUGUGUGUCUACUGCCACGAGUACUUCAAGGACUGUCCCCCACGGGCCCCCUGCUCCCAGUAG